CUGACAGGACGCUGGUGGAGCGCAGCCGUCGGCGAACAGAGCUCAGUGAAGUGUGUCUGCAGCAGUGAGAACCACACUGGAUUACCACCACACGCAGGGCUCUCCAGCAGAGGGCAGUAUAAGACUGAGCACAACUCCCAUACGAUCAGGUCCUCAAACGGUCUGCGCUGUCAGGAUCACACCUCUGUCAACCAUGAAAGGCUCUCCUGACCUGAGUCCUGCUGCAGAGUUGGACCCCAGAAGAGUGUGCAAAGGGAAAGGAGUCGUGACUCUCAGGGCCACCCUAGUCCACAUAGAUGAUGAAGGCUGUGUCAGCGAAGAGCCAAAUGUCAUCACAACACCAAGUGGUUGGACGAGCCAGAUUAAUGGAGACAGCUCUAAAGCAGGAUUGGCUGAGGGAGGCAGCAACAUCACAGCUGAAUUACCUCAUGUAAACAACACUCAGUGCCAGGGUAAUUUGCCUGAAAGCAUAAAAGAAAAUCAGGGUCCAUCAUUCAGUGAGAUUCAGAACUGUAUCACAUCAACUUCCAGCUCUGUUUAUCCCUACACUAGCACAGUUAACCCCACCAUAGUCCUGCUGCAGCACAACAGAGAGCAGCAAAAGCAUCUUUCUCAAUUAAAAGACCCAACCCCAGAAAGAGACAAAAGCCCUGAUCCUGGUAGACACUCAGUUAGUCUAGUCUCUGAUAUGAACGGGAAGAGGCUGCAACUAUCACUGCACUCCCCUGCCCUCAGUCCUCUGAACAAGCCCAUUGUGCCUGUACGGAACACUGAAAAGUCCAAAGACUGGUAUAAGACGAUGUUCAAACAGAUACACAGAAUACCUGAGCCUAUUGAAGAAAACCCUUACCGCCCCACCUACAUUUUCCCUGAGAACUAUGACAGUAAGAUGAAAUCAAAAGAUGAUGGUUCUACCCCCUUUGGCUACAUGGAAGAUGUGAAAGUGGUCCCACGGUCAAAAAGUGACAUCGAGGUCGAUUCAAAAUGCCGGUUGAUGCCAGUGCCAACUCGGUCCUCUUCCCUUAAACCCUCUGUCGGAAGGAACGAGUGGGAGCCCCCAGAUAAAAAGGUAGAUACCAGGAAGUAUCGCGCUGAACCCAAGAGCAUCUUUGAGUACGAGCCAGGGAAAUCGUCGGUGCUGAAGCUGGAGAGAACGACUCAGGAUGUAAGUCCAGAAGAUGUAGAUUUAGAGAAUGAGCCUUGGUAUAAAUUCUUUUCAGAGAUGGAGUUUGACAAAUCGAGUGCCCCCUCUUUUGGCCCCCUGGAAACAGCCUCUGACCUGCAGCAGUACUCCUCGAGCAAGUCUGGACCCAACGAGGUGGAGAAGGACCGAGAAUCAUCCGCAACUGAGCCUGGGGCUCUAGAAUGCGACCGCCAUGUUUACAAGAGUGUCCUGGAGGGCGGAGACAUUCCCUUACAAGGUCUACGGGCCCUAAACAAGCGACAUGGCAGCUCCUCCUCCUCUAAAGACUCAUCCCCAGCUCAUGGGGAGAGCCAGGAUGAAGUAUUGCGGAGGCGUCAUGGGGACAAAGAGAAAAUCUUGGAGGAGCAGCGGCGGCUGAAGCGGGAACAGGAAGAGGCUGACAUAGCAUCAAGGCGACACACAGGCACUGUCCCAACGCACCACCAGUUCAUCACCAACGAGCGCUUUGGAGACCUGCUCAACAUCACAGAUAACACAGAGAAAAGGAAAUCAGGCAUGGAGAGAACUCCAGCCAUGGCUCGCUUUGACUUCAGAGCAGAAACUUUAAAGGAGUUAGCGUUUCAGAAGGGAGACAUUGUGUACAUCAUUAGACAGGUUGAUCAAAACUGGUAUGAAGGGGAACAUCAUGGAAGAGUUGGUAUAUUCCCACGAAGCUAUGUUCAGCUCCUCCCCCCCACAGAGAAAGCCCAUCCAAAGAAAAGUGCCCCAGUGCAGGUCCUGGAAUAUGGAGAGGCUAUCGCCCGCUUUAACUUUACUGGGGACACAGUGGUGGAAAUGUCUUUCAGAAAGGGAGAGAGAAUCACACUGAUUCGUAGAGUGGAUGAGAACUGGUAUGAAGGCAAAAUCUCAGGCACCAACCGCCAAGGCAUCUUCCCCGUUACUUACGUAGAGGUGCACAGAAGACCCCGCAUUAAAAAUGGGGUGGAGUAUCCCGAUCCUCCUGUCAGCCAGUCUCCACAGCGCAGCACCAAUGCUUCUCCUCAGUUUGUGAAGAAUGAGGCUGACCAUCACGGACGAAGCUCCAGAAGCCCUGUGAUGUUGUUUGACAUCCAGGACAACAAUAAUGUCAACUCGUUUGCGGAGGCAGUGUGUAAUGAGAUCUUGAAUAUAGCUGAGACCUCGGUUAGGUACUGCAGCACCCUGUCCUACCACCCCCAUGACUCUGUCCAUAGACUGCACCCCCACUCCAGUAAACAAUCUCUCAUCAUUUCCCAGCAACCCCAGUCCCACAGCAACAGCCCAGAGCCAAGGCGUCUCAACUGUGGAAUUUUCCAGGCCUUGUACAGUUACUUGCCACAAAAUGAUGAUGAGCUGGAGCUGCAGGAGGGAGAUCUCGUCAGCGUCAUGGAAAAGUGUGACGACGGCUGGUUUGUUGGUACCUCAAAGAGGACAAAACAGUUUGGGACUUUCCCUGGGAAUUACGUGAAGGAGGUGAAACUGUAAAACUAUCUAAUCUGGCUGUAACACAUGGCUGCCUGUCAAGCUUGGGAAGCUAUUACUACCGCGCAUGGCUGUUGGUUAGAAUAGUCAUUUAGCCAGGCAAAUCCAUUUUGUCUGGGAAAGUGAUCGGUUUGGCCCGAGGUAUGUCAAACUGCACGAGGCGAAGACAGAGAUAGCUCGCUGCCCAAGCCUCACUAUGGUCACAUUUCACACCUCUUGACAGAAUUAGUCCGUUCCACAUGUGGAAUUUCUUUGUGAAACUCUACCACACACUUACUUGUAUUGUGCAGUACACACAAUAGCUUCUAUUUUUGUCCAUGCAAAUUUACAGUUUACGUAGCACCUCAGGCUGAAGGCCGGCAGCAGAGCAGUGCAUGGAACAAAGAGUGGAUCUUAUUACCUGAACUGGACUUUGGCGGAGUCAGAAUGUAUUUUUGUGUAACGUGAGGUUGCUGCUGUUUGUCAUGAGCUACCUUUCAGGACCAGAUGUGCUUGCUACGAUUAGUUAAGUAUGAUGCAGGCCGUGCAUCUCAUGAAUCAAAUAUAUUUCUAUUCCUUUAGACUUUGCUUCCAAAAAAAACCUUCAGUGUUUGGAUUAACUUACCACAAAUGUAUGGAAUUUAAUAUGGUGGUUUGUUCUUGGUCAGCUUUCCUCAGUUUAAAUCUAAAAAAAUUAUUUAAAAUCAAUUCCCUUCAGAGUUUAAAUAUAUAAAGCCUUAUGUGUGAAGCCUCUUUAGAAAGACUAGUCUGAUGUACACUGCAGUACAGGUUAUGCUUUCUUUUGUGGAAUUCUUAUUUGAGUCAGUAUUGGCUUAUUUUGAAGAACAGCAGCUUUCACAACUCUCUGUGUAACCCAAAAAGCUUUAGAAACCACUUCAGUAUUGCCUUCUUUUUCUAUCCAAAGGUUGUCAUUAUAUAGGCAUAUGCGUGACUAGAAACACUAAAAUGUUGAAGUGUGCCCUUAGCUUCUCUUUUUCUCAGUUGCCACAAAAAACAUGGGUACAGGACACAAACUGUGUCACAUGUCUCACAUAGAAUGAAUGAAGGGAAACUUCCUAUAUUCUCAGAAACUAUUUAUUUUUCUUUUUAUACCUCCUCUGUUAAAACAGAGGUAAACUUUGCAGAUGGCUAAUGCCUGUAAGGUAGCUGGUGGUAGACGCCUGGCUCCAGCUCAACCACAGGACAGGCGUGGUAGCACUUAACUUUCUGUUUGGACAUUUAGGGAGAACCCACCUAACAACAUAUUAGCAGAUUAAUCAGUGAUGACAAAAAGUGAUUUAAUGUUUGACCUAAAGCCAACAAUGUGUCUUAGUAUAUAAUCAUGCUGAGUUUUAAAAGCAUAUUGAGGUUUUAAUGCCCUUAAUGACAAGAUUGUAUGUUUUAACCAUGUAAAUGUGUACAGACUUCAAGAGGCCUUCCAAAUAUGGCUCCAUAUUUUCAUAUUUAAUGACUACAACUUAGGUAAUGCAGUCAGUGGAAUGAUUCAAAUAAUAAGGCCAGCAUUAAUACAGCAUGUACUGUAAAAUCAGAUCAAAUUGGAGCAUGAAACACUAUCAGUCAACACAUCCAUAUUGGCCCCUUCAGCCUAAAGCAAGCAGAAGCGAUGAUAGGGUUAACAAGUAUCAAUAGCUCCCUGUGGAAGAUUGCUUUGAAUUCUGCUAUCAAAGCAUCGGAGCCGUCUUCCUGUGAGUACAGAGCUCCUUCAUGUACAGAUCGAUCAGAUCCUGUAACAGGCACCACAUACCAUAUUAGAUCCUCCACACAGAUAGAGAGAUGAUUGCUGUUCUUAUGUUUUCAUCGGAUUCUUUGUUGCCAUGAGCCUCUGUGAUGUGCUCAUCAGUCCUUACCUGUCAAACAGUACAGGCAAAUCACUCUUAGUGCUUGUUAGGGCCUGCUCACAGCAGCACAUGGCUGCAGUUUGUAGGGCAAUUGUUGUAAAGUAUUUUAAAGUCAGUUUAAUUUAUACCAGGAGUGUUGAACUAGUGGCCUGCAGUACUUGAGGCUGCAGGUAGCUGAAGUUUCCCAGUUUGCACAUUUAUAAUCAAAUGGUGCCAGACUAUCAGUGGGCCUUUUAAUAUAAUAUUAUGAUUUCCUGAGUCCACAAAAUCUGAAACAUAAUGUGAAAUAUUGAACAGUCACACUCAUUAGAUCUAAAAGUGGUCAUUUAAUUUAUCUGUUUUUUGUGCAUUAAUAUGUUAGAAACAGUUGUGUAGCAAUGACAAGUGUUGACCUGAUUUGCAACAUGUUCUGAAGCUGUAUGCAGCUACCACAUACAGGAAGGGAUAUAUGAAGUCUAAUGAAUUAGCAAUCAGUGUUUCAUCCACCCUGACAUUUACUAUAGAGAUUAAAUCCGGUGUCUCAUCCUGUGCAGUUCACCACUGAUAAUUUUGCCAACACCAGCAAAGGAAUAUUAUCUCAGCAAGAUAAAAUAUAAUUUGCUGCGUUGUGGGUUUGCCUGUAUAGCACUGAUAUAAUGUUCAGGUAUUUUGUUACACUUCAAAAGCAUGUUUUUUUUCCCUUAACUGCUGGUAAAAUGUUUUUAUUCCUGUGUAACUCCAGCUCCUCAUGAAUGUGCAGGUCGGUUGGGAGUUGGUUGACCUGUAUGCUUGUUCAAAAUGGUUUUUCUUCCCUGGUAGAACAAAGGGAGAGAUAUUUGCUCCAUCUCAAACACACUAUAUGGUAUGGUGGCCUUUGACUAAUCACAUAUUUAGCCACACGCAGCUUUGUUCUUUAAUAUUGUGCUCCAUAAAACAUCACAGGAUGUAUGAAUGUAUGAAUACAUGAAUGUGGGUGACAAUGUACACAUAAUAUGUAGAGAAUGUCUGAAUUUUCAUGAUCCUAAAUGAACAUGCAGACCGCUCAGCAGUGUGACACAAGAAGCAUUGUAAAUAUGUAAAAUAAAAGACAAACCAUGAGCAGUGGGAGCAACGGACAGAGGUCUCGAUCACAUGCUGCAUUUUCUUUACCUGGUGGAUUUUUGGCAAAGCACAGAGUGGAGUGUCACUGAACACAGUAAGGUUGACACAUAUGAGCAUUAUGCUGCCGUUUGUGAGGGUCAUAAUUUCUUAUAUGAAAAAUUGUGCCUCAUUUUCAUUAAGUUUUAUUUUUGGGGGGGUAUCACUGAAAUGUUUCCAUGACAUAUUUAAUGUAACUGUGGUUUUCCCAUUAGUCCUAGUCUCUGUGAUGGGAGAACAUUUACUAAGAACUUGUCAGUUACUGUGCAAGUAUCUAAAUGUAUGACACAAUGCUUCAACAUAAUGAUAAGAAUGGACUAGUUUGAUGAGACGCACAACCUGCAACAGGUUUGGUUUGUUUGCUUCAAUUUGCAGUGCUGUUACAUUGACAAUAUUAAAAAAAGUAUUAUACACUGCUGUGACUUCUGUAUUAUGCAAUAUUUAAUAAA